GCGGGGGUAAUGUCCAACAAGGUUCCAAAGGUGAAAGUGAAGUCCACUCACGCAAACACAAGGCAACAUUCGCAGGCGCUGGCGAACAAGCGCUCCCCGGACUGGGAUGGCAUUUUCAAGGAGAUCCUCAUCCGACGCGAGGAGAAGGAUCUGGAGGCCCAGUCGGACGAUCUCCAACAACAGCUGGACGUUCUGAAAGUGCGCGAGAGUGAGCUCCUCCAGGAUAUAAAUGUGGUGGAGGAUCUGUUCUUAAGCAGGGAGCCCUUUAAGGCGGACGCGGUUGUGGACGAAGCCACGGACAAAGUGGAGAAGGAGAUGACCAAGGUGUACAACAAGGAGGAGGAGAUCAAGAGCCUGACUGUGGAGUGUGCGGAGCUCAGGCAGAGGAAGCAAGAGCGCCAAGACGUGGUCCACACGCACACCAUCUACCAGCAGUUCAUGCAGAAGCUGGUGGGCAUGACACUCUUUGAAGACGAGGAAGCGCUGACUCACCACAUCGAGAGUCUGCACAACAUCGAGGACCAGCUCUCUCAGCGGGAAGGCGAAGCGUACGAGAAAACCAACCAGCAGAGGAAAACCCAGCAGUCUCUGCAGAAGCAGUACGAGAUGGAGAGGCAGGAACUGGACAUGGAGCUGACCCAGCUCAUGCCCGAACUGUUCGAAUCCAAGAUCCGGGUGGAAUACUGGUUCAAGGAGUGGAAACGCAUCGAGGACACCGCCUCGAGAAAACUGAACCUGCUGGCGCAGAUCAAGAUGUCCAUCCUCAGCCUCUACGAGCUGAUCGGCGGCAAGGUCGGCGAUAAGCAAGGCGUGGCUUUGAACGAGACGGAGAAGCAGUUGGAGAAGAUCCACGCCUUCAUGCUGGACCACUUUGAGAUCAUCAAGGAGUACGAAGCCCAUUCCAGCGUGGGCAGAUAACUCAGAGCUACUGUCGGUUCUGGUCCGCGGGCAGCAAGCCCAGAAGCUGGCGGAUUGACAGUUUCACUUGAAAUUGGAAGUAUUUGUCAAACAAGUGAAGAUAUCGGACGUGAAAGAAGACAAACUAAAGACAUGUUUACUUUAUGGGUACACAACAUGGCUGCCCCAUAAAACCAAACGCUCUUUUUCCUCAGGGAAAAAUAUUCUGAUGCCAAAGUAGAGUUAGGAAACUGUGUAAUUUGUUUUUACAAUGACAAUAAAGCU